AUGAGGACGAUAAAUAUCACAACUUCAUCCUACUCAAUCACAACUCCAUCAUACUCAAUCACAACUCAUUCUAAAGAAUUACGUUUUCUAUUAUUAUUUAACGAUCAAAAACAUCAAACAUCUGAAUUAAAUAAAUUUAUUAAUCUAAGUAGUGAUUCUUCUAUGAGAAAAAUACAAUAUUCAACAGCUAAAUAUUCUUCUUCUGUGAGAACAAAUAAUCUAACAAGUAAACAUUUCAUUGAAUCUACAGAGAUAGCAUCAUGGCAAAAUGAACCGAGGGUGACAUAUUGGUUAACAAAUGGUAAAACAGCUGGAAUUAAUUUAUCAACAGUUUUAGCCCAAAAAAAUCCUAAAAAAUAUCUAGUCUAUGUUUGUCAUGAAAACUGUGGAGGAUGGGGUGAUCGUCUAAGAGGAAUAAUGUCAGUAUUUAUGAUGUCGUUAAUGUUAGAUCGUAAUUUUCAAAUUGAAAUAACUCAUCCAUGUAAUCUCACACGAAUAUUGAAACCAAACUUUUACAAUUGGUUACAACCGUUGAAUCUCAUUCGUCGUAAUAAUCUCACUCGUAAACGCUAUAAAUUAACUCGUAAAAUGAUCAUUACAUCAGCUAAUGCUAAAGAAUUUUUUUUGAAAAAUGUAUCAAGAAUUAUUCGAAAUUCAACAAUAGAUGAAAUAUGGCCAGAAGAUGUUCUCUAUAUUGCCACAAAUAAAAACUAUUAUUAUGAGAUGUCAGAAAAUGUACGAUACCGUAAAAAAUUUAAAACUUAUGGAAUUUUAACAAAAUAUAAUAUUAAAUUAGAAACAUUAUUUCCAUUGUUUUAUGAACUUUUAUUUCAACCAGUAGAACGUGUUAAAAAUCAAAUUGAAAAAUAUACAAAAAUGAGGCUUAAUAAAACGUUAAUAUGUGCACAAAUGAGAACAGGCCAAAAUCCAACAUUAUCCAAUGAUAAGAUAUUGCCUGGUCGACAAAAUAUAACCGAAACUAUAUUUAAUUUUAUCGAUGAUUAUAUAAAAACUAAUCUUAGUCAUAAUAAAAUGAUUGAUUAUAGGAUAUUUAUAACGACCGAUAGCGAUAGUGUAAAGACGGAAGCUAAAGUUCGUUAUUCGGAUCAUUUAAUUUAUACUCAAGGCGCAAUAACUCAUUUAGAUCGUUCUGAUACAGAUCAAGCAUGUCGUGAACAAGACAAAUUAUUAACGGAUUUUCAUUUGUUAGGCGAUUGUGAUUUAUCUAUAAUAUCAAAUUCUGGUUUUGGUAUAUGGGGUAAUUUAAGACGAUAUGAACCGUAUAAAGAUUUAUACAUGUUCUGUGGUGGUAAAAUAUAUCCUAUAAAAUCAUUAUGGCAUAAGUAUGAAAUGCAUAAACAAAAUAAUUUCGGUCAAUUAUGUUGA